AUGAACUUGAGGGAGUGCAUUUCAGUUCACAUAGGGCAAGCUGGAGUUCAGAUUGGUAACGCUUGCUGGGAAUUAUAUUGCCUAGAGCAUGGAAUUCAACCUGAAGGACAUUUGCCCUCUGAUAAAACAAUUGUCAGCGGGGAUGACUCCUUUAAUACUUUUUUUAGUGAAACUAGUGCCAGAAAGCACGUACCACGUGCAGUUUUCGUUGACUUAGAGCCAACUGUUGAUGAAAUUCACUUGUACAUAGCCAACAACUAUGCUCGUGGUCAUCAUACAAUAGGAAAGGAAAUUGUGGAUAUAGUACUAGAUCAUAUCCGUAAGCUUGCUGAUCAGUGCACUGGUCUUCAGGGAUUUUUAGUAUUCCAUUCAUUCGGCGAAGGAAUAGGCGCUGGGUUUACCUCAUUGCUAAAAGAACGUCUAUCAGUUGAUUACGGAAAGAAAUCAAAGCUAGAAUUUUCAAUUUAUCCAGCGCCACAAGUUUCAACUACGGUGGUCGAGCCAUACAACUCAAUUUUGACCACCCACACCACCCUCGAACACUCUGACUGCGCAUUCAUGGUUGACAACGAAGCCAUAUAUGACAUUUACCGUCGCAAUUUAGACAUUGAGCGUCCCAUCUAUAUGAACCUAAAUCGUUUAAUUGGUCAAAUAGUUUCCUCAAUAACAGCGUUGCGCUUCGACGGAGCGUUUAUUGUUGAUUUAACUGAGUUUCAAACCAAUUUGGUUCCAUAUCCACGCAUUCAUUUUCCCCUGGCAACAUAUGCUCCAGUAAUUUCCGUUGAAAAGCUUUAUGCUGAAAUAACAAAUGCAUGCUUUGAACCCGCAAAUCAGAUGGUCAAGUGUGAUCCGAGGCAUGGAAAAUAUAUAGCAUGCUGCAUGCUCUAUCGCGGUGAUGUGAUACCUAAAGAUGUUAAUGCAGCAAUAGCUACAAUCAAAACAAAACGAUCAAUUCAGUUCGUUGACUGGUGUCCAAGUGUCCAACCACCCACUGUGGUGCCAGGAGGCGAUCUAGCGAAAGUUCAACGCGCGGUGUGCAUGUUAUCUAACACCACAGCCAUAGCUGAAGCCUGGGCUUCUUUGGAUCAUAAGUUUGAUUUAAUUUAUGCCAAGCGUGCUUUUGUACACUGGUACGUUGGAGAAGGUAUGGAAGAAGGAGAAUUCUCUGAAGCUAGGGAGGAUCUAGCCGCUCUUGAGAAGGAUUAUGAAGAGGUGGGACUUGACUCAAAUGCCUAUGUAGACGAAGGUGAUGAGUACUGA